AUGAAUGACAAAGCUCAAUGUGGUGACAGUCUUACUGAUGGCACUGGGGUGGAUGUCAUAACAUUUGAUUGCAAUGGAACUCUAGUAGGACGAUAUGUUUACAUCACUACAUCUACAACAGGGCAGUUGGCAAUAUGUGAAGUUAUGCUCAAUGUACAAACAGGAUCAGGGUCAACUAUUAACUUUAGUUCUAUUCAAGCUGAAGCUGUUCAAAGUCCAGGUGAUGAUGGAAGUAGAACAGCUGACUUGGCCAUUGAUGGUAAUGAAUCCUACAUUGAAGCACAGUGUGCAUCUACAAUUAAUAGUCCUGAUCCAUUUCUCAGAAUUGAUUUAAAACGACCACAUUUGAUCACUAAGGUUGAUGUCAAGUUUUAUGAUAGUGGUGGAAAUAGAUCAACUGUACGUGUGGGAGGCAACUUGAUUAAUUCUCGCAAUUACCAGUGUGGACCUCUCUUGUCAUAUGAAAACAAUUCUGGAGACUUUUACAGUUUUGUGUGCAGUAAGGCUCAACUUGGACAAUAUGUUGUUGUGAGUAUUAGUGGCACAGUUAAACUGCAGGUGUGUGAAAUUUGCAUCAUCACAGAGAAAGUACUGGACAUAUAUGCAACAAGCUCUGUUACUGCAUCUUCACAAAGUUUGGACUUCAAUCACAUUUGGAAAGCAGUAGAUAGAUUCACUACUACUGCUGAUGUAACAAGUUAUAUUUCGCUUCGAGAUCGAAGUCCAGACGAUUACUGGAGACUGGAAUUGAUGGAGUUUGCAACUAUUUCUUUAGUGAAAAUAUCAUCAGUGAGAAAUAAAGGACGACGUGGUGACUUACUCAAAACUACUGCAUAUAUUGGCAAUACAACAACCAACAGAGGAGAGGACAACACUGCAUGUGGAACAAUAUCUUCAACAGCAGAAAUAGUUAUUUAUAUUCAGUGUGUCAAUCCUAUUGUAGGGAAGUACGUAUACUUGGUUGCUGUUCGUCAACUUAGACUGGAUGAAGUUGAAUUUUACAAGCCAGGUUUGCCAAUUAUAAAAAGUCAACCUCAAUGGCAGCAAGUCACUCCUGAUUCAAACAUAUCUUUCGUCUGCUCAGCUGAUGGAACACCACUACCCUCAAUCACAUGGAAACAUGGAAUGACAGCUGCAAGUGGUGCAGUAUCUCAAUCGGUUUCUAAUGCUUUUACAAUGACAAGCAUGCUAACACUUACAUCUGUGGAACGAUCUAGAAGUGGAAAUUACACAUGUGAGGUAACAAACUCUGAGGGAACACGCAGUGCUGUAGCUUUUCUCGCUGUGCUUUAUGCUCCUGCGGUAGCUUCAAUGACUCAGUCUGUUGUUGCAUUGCAAGGAUCUACUACCAUACUGCUAGUAACAGUCUCAGGAGCUUCACCUGAUGUUCCAAACAAUGCCGCUAACAGAACAUGGUCUGGUCCAUCAGGGACAAUUACAACCAACAGCAAAUAUAGCUUCUCUACAAAUCGAUACAGUCUGUUUAUAAAAAGUGUUGCUUUUACUGAUUCAGGAAACUACAAAUUUACAGCUUCCAAUCUUGUUGGCAGUGCAUCUAUUACAAUCACAUUGACUGUAGAAGUAAAACCAACUGUUGUUGCUGUGAACAAAACCCUUGUUGGUGUUGAAAACUUUAGUCUUAUGCUGUCUGUUUACAUUCGUAAUGCAUUUCCAGCAGUAAAGGCAGAAAAUAUAAUUUGGACAAACUCAACUAGUGGUGAUCCUUUCAACACUAGCACUAGUCUCAGUGGUCCAGAACCUUUCUAUCAAUCAUAUGAUAGUAUGAACAUGAUUGCUAGCUUGUUAGUAAAGAACAUCAGUUUGGAUUCAGGUGGUGGAUACAGGUGCACAGCAACUAAUGAGGCUGGAUCUGGAAGUGAAUUAGUUGUAAUAUCUAUACAAGGUCCUCCCAAGUUUGUAGAGAGAGCAAGUGACACAAAUGUUCUUGUUGGUGACACUGCUAUUUUUCACUGUCAAACAUCUAAUGAGCCAGUUGCCAACUAUGUUUGGCAAAAGGGAGACUUGACUGUUUCUGAUGGUUCUUAUUCUCGAUUCAGUUUUAGUGAGCCUGCAACAAGUGAUGGAACACUGGUCAUUGCUAAUGUGACAUAUGGUGAUCGUGGAGAGUAUAAGUGCACUGCAACAAAUAUACAUGGAGUUGUGGCUGCUAGUGCUAUACUCAAUGUCCAGGUCCCACCUGUAAUCAUAUCACCUCCAAUCCCACAGACUACCAUUGAGCCAGGUACCACUGUGUUUAGUUGCAGUGCAUUCAGUCAACCUUCUCCCAUUAUUUCAUGGAAGAGAACAGUACCUGGGAAUUCUGUCGAAGAGACACUGGCAGUCGGUGGAAGAUUUUCUAUUGACUCUAAUAGCUCACUUAUUAUUACAUCGACAAGAUAUGAAGAUAGAGGGACGUAUACAUGUAUUGCAAUGAACAGUCUAGCUGAAAUGAAGAUGGACAAAUCGAGCACUCAGUUGGUUGUAAAUGUUCAUCCAAAUAUUACAACAACACCUCAGAACACAAUAGUUGUCUCUCCAAGUGAUAUUUCUCUUAAUUGUGAAGCAAUGGGUUUUCCUAUACCAAGUUUAUUGUGGCCACAUGAUGGUCAAGAUAUUUCUCCAAAUGAUAAAAAACAAAAUGUUCAAACCAACCAGAAAAUGUCUGAAAUCAAAGUGGUAUCACGUUUACUUAUUAGAAGAUCAGAAUUCAAAGACAGAGGAAUGUACAGAUGUCUUGUCAGCAAUUUGGUAGGGCACGAUAAAGCAAGCAGUGUUGUUACUGUUCAAUAUAUUCCAUCAAUUAUCAUCAGUCCAAUUGUAAAGGAUGUGAUUAAGCCAAAUGCUGUGUCAUUGCAAUGUACAGCAGUAGGUUUUCCACCACCAUCAAUUGAAUGGGUGAAGAACAAUGAUACAAUACUCCCUAACACAUACAGAGUCGAUGAAGCAACAUGGGUGGACAACAUUGGAGUGCCAACUCUUUCAAGCAAUUUAACAGUAAAACCAACUGUAACCUCGGAUACUGGCAAUUUUAUAUGCGUAGCAAAGAAUAUCUUGCAAAGUGUAUCAUCAAGACCUGUUCGACUCACUGUGUUGGAGGAACCAUUUGCACCUAUCAACGUUAUCUUCACUGGCGUGACGUCAACAUCUGUUUCACUGCAGUGGAGUUCUUCUUUUGAUGGCAAUAGCGCAAUAUUUCAAUUUAUUAUUCAAUAUGCUGGUGGCAUUGACAACACAACAUGGUCAGCUGGUGAGAACACUAACAGCCAACAGCCAUCGUAUGUUGUCACGAGACUACAUCCAUAUGCAAACUACACGUUUAGAGUGGCAGCCACAAAUUCUAUAGGAAUAAGUGACUUCAGUGAUUCUUCUUCUGUGGCUCUCACAAGCCAAGACAGGCCGUCAGAAACUCCAAAAAUUAUUUCUGUAUUGGCUGAAAGCUCCAACUCAAUCAGGAUUAGAUGGUUAGUCGUGCCAUUCAAUGAACGAAAUGGCAUAAUAACACAACAUCGAGUGGAGAUUCGUGAACGAAUUAUGGCGCAAAGUCUGCUACCUCCUUUCUAUCGCACUGCCACAGAAGAGGACACGAUCUUGGUGACUGGUUUGAAGCCCUACACAACGUAUAGCUUUCGUGUUGAAGCCUCAACCGCUGUUGGUAGUGGCUAUUUCAGUUCAUCCAAAGAGGGAAGAACGCAUGAUAAUGCUGCUCGUCCUACUUUACGUGCAGUAAAGUCUGUUGUCAUUGUGCCGAAUGGAUCUACUGCAGUUCUUCACGUGACAAUUUCACCAGUUUAUCCCAAUGUUCCUAACAAUGCUGCAAACAGAACAUGGUCUGGUCCUUCAGGAGUAAUUAAUACAACAAACAAGUUUUUCUUGUCGACAGAUCGUUAUCGUUUGGCAAUUCAAGAUAUUGGUCCAAAUGACAUUGGACUUUACACAUUUACAGCUGCAAAUACAGUCGGCAGCGCAACUGUUACAAUUAAGCUUGCUUUACAAGGAUUUCGUCCGACUGUGGAAGUCGUAAACUCGAUUGUUGCGGUACCAAAAGGAGUCACCGCUGCUCUUCGAGUGACAGUCUCGGCAGCAUCACCUGCGGUUCCAAACAAUCCUAGCAACAGAACAUGGUUUGGCCCUGCAGGAGUGAUUAGAGAAAGUGACAAGUUCGAAGUCUCGUUGAACCGCUAUACUCUCAUAGUUUAUGAAAUUGAACAAAGCGAUGUUGGAAUCUACACUUUUACAGCUACCAAUACUGCCGGAAGUACAAAGGUUGCAAUAAGUCUUACAAUAGCUGCUCUUCCCACUGUAACUGCGGUAAAGUCAGCUGUCAUUGCACCUCAAGGAUCUACUGCCAUACUUCGUGUAACAGUCUCGGGAGCUUCACCCGAUGUUCCCAACAAUGCUGAUAACAGAACAUGGUUUGGUCCUUUGGGAAUGAUUACACAAAACAGCAAAUAUAGCUUUUCAUCAGAUCGUUAUAAUCUUACAAUCACGCAAUUUGACGCUCAUGAUGCUGGAAUUUACACUUUUAAAGCAUCUAAUGACGUUGGCAGUAACACAGUUACUCUAGAACUUAUACUAGAAGGUACAUCUGAAUCAAGCACUAAUUUGACUGGCAUAAUAGCUGGAACAUGUAGUACAUUAUUGGCACUCGUUGUCUUUGUUAGUGUUUUGGUUUUCUGCUUUAUGAGAUAUAAACAUUUUGCUGUACGAAACAAUCAAGCAAAUUUUGAUAAUUCCUCUGCUCCUGACACGUCUAAAUAUUUGGCUGGGCCUGGCACAUCUUCAAUAAAACUGAAAGAACUCUCUACAACACAAGGCAAUGAAACUUUGACCUCCAGCAGGCUUUACGGCAUGUUUUUCAAUGGGGAAGGUUCGCAUUCCGAGCCUGUAUACGCUGCCGUAGAAGAGCGUACGGAAGUGUCCGAAUCUGCAAAGGCUGCGUUGCGUGAUACUUUGACAGCAAACACAGCUUACUCACAACCCAACGCAGUUCAGGAACAACAGACUGAAGAGGAGGAGACAGAUCUUACCUACGAGACUUUUCAGUCUGACUAAUAGAAGCGUUGCUUCGUGCUUGAACUUUAACGAAAACUCUUUCCUAACCUAAACUCUACUUCCGAAAGAGAUUCAGUGAUCCUUUCUUAUACAUAUCGUUGUCGACUACAUAUCUAACAUUGCUGAUGAAAUGGAGUCAUUUGCUGCAGCCAAACGUUAAGUUUAGAGUUGCUUUGGUGUGAAAUAGUUUUAUUGCA